GCCCGCUUUGCCUACGACCAUGAUUUUAACGAAUAAAAAGGGCAAAAUCAGAGGAAAUCUCUUCACUUUUUCCUGCUACCUGCUGAAUCGUGUGGAGCUGACUACAAAAUGAAGGGGACAUCGAGCAUCAUUCUUCUUCUUCUCGCCGCUUGUCUUAGCGCCUGGGCAGCGCCAAGCUAUCGCGGCGGUAGCUCCGACGAAGAGACGCAACAAGAAGGACCCACCAAUGAAGCCGGAGACUACAACAACCCAAGACCAGCAGAUCUGAUCGAAGCGGCCGACGCCUCCGACCCAGCGAAGACCUACCAGCUCCGUCACACUCUCAACAUGAACGGCGGGCGGUACACCAUCUUCACCAAGGUGAAGAAGGACGGCAGCUUGGAGCAUCAGGCCACCAGGGUGUCCAAGAACAGCGUCGAGACCGUCGACCGUCAACCCGAGGCCUACUCGUCGACGGCGGUCCCCUUGGAAGAGGCAAGCGAACAACUUCUGAAGAAGGAACUCGGAGAAGACAUCCAGAACGUCAACGAAGAUGCGAGUCUGAACGACACCCGUCGAGGUCCCGUCUACGACUGCGCCUACAAAGUGUGGAACGACACAGCAACAGCGCAAGCGGAGAGCAAGAUAAUCUACAGGGUUCUGCCAUGUCGCCCUUCGGAAAGGAACGAGCAGACCUGCGACGGUACUACCGAACAGUACAUGACGUGCGAAUUCAAGACGGACCAAACCCUGCGACAAGUCAUACUCCAGAAAGCCGAGCUCUACAUCCCCCAGUUAAGCGACGACGGGCCACCUCCCAACGCACACGAAGCAGACGCCAGAAGCGCCGGGCAACCGAGUCAAGACAACGGCACGACCCAAGACCCCGAACCUACGGCCAAAUCCAUCGCCAACGGUUCCAGUUCGGUCACCAAUCCAACAGCCGACGAAGCCAGCAGCAUCGAAACGUCCAAAGAUGAAGACAGCCAGCUCGAGUACAAGUACAAGAACGUCGGCGGAGAUCAAAGCGCCCCGCCGAAAGAGCAACCACCUGUCAACUUCCUGAAACUCGCGGCCGCCAAAGAAAAAUCGGCGCCAAACAUCAACGACGCCCGUGGCGACGCGCCAGCCGCAGGCGACAACCCAGCCAGCACUGAAGUCGUCAACAUCGCCAUGUACAAGCCACACAGAAAGGCACCGUUCCAAUUCGGCGCUCGGGCAACCGACGGGCACUGCGGGCCGGCUUUAGACGUGUUGAAGAUGCUCCAGCGCUGGCAGAGGCGUGCGUUCGACCCGAGCAGCAUCGAAAUCCGCCUGCCGAUGGCCGCCCCUGACUGCGCCGAGAAGACGGACAACUGUGCCGACGGACAAUGCCUUCCUCACGGCCGCGUGUACCUUCUGCUCGCGUACGCGGAAAAGGCGGACGACGAGGAGCCGGCAACCAUGGCCCCUGAAGUCAUGAAGGAGUUUCUGGACAUUAUUUUAAGUAGAAGCAAGCUGGACUGA